AUGUCGCUGCUCCCACCCGAGGUUCACUCCGCGCUGUCCCAGCUGCUGCGCGCGUUGACCACUCCCGACAACACGGUCCGUACUCAGGCGGAAGAACAGUUGAAUAAUGACUGGAUCCAGAACCGUCCGGAUGUUCUUCUUAUGGGCCUGGCCGAGCAGAUUCAGGGUGCAGAGGAUACAGUAACGCGUACAUUCGCUGCCGUACUUUUCAGAAGAAUCGCGACGAAGACAAGGAAAGACCCAGUCACGAAUGAGGCCAAGGAACUCUUCUCAACACUCUCCGGGGAACAGAGACUGGUCAUCCGACAGAAGCUGGUGACAUGUUUGACGACCGAAUCCGGGACUGAUGUCCGGAAAAAGAUUGGCGAUGCAGUCGCGGAGGUUGCUAGACAAUACACCGAUAACGGCGAUCAAUGGCCCGAGCUUCUCGGCGUGCUUUUCCAAGCCAGCCAGUCACCCGAGGCAGGUUUACGGGAGGCUGCCUUCCGCAUUUUCUCGACCACUCCCAGUAUAAUUGAGAAGAACCACGAGGAUGCCGUUUCAGGCGUGUUCGGCAAGGGUUUCAAGGAUGAUGUUGUCACUGUUCGCAUCGCUGCUAUGGAGGCCUUCGCCUCAUUCUUCCGGUCUAUCUCCAAGAAGUCUCAGCCCAAGUUUUUCGGACUCGUGCCCGACAUGCUCAACAUUUUGCCGCCUCUGAAGGAGUCCUCCGAGAGCGAGGAGCUAUCUUCCUCCUUCUUGGCUCUCAUUGAGCUUGCGGAGGUUUGCCCAAAGAUGUUCAAGACUAUGUUCAACAACCUGGUCAAGUUCAGUAUUAGUGUCAUUGCCGACAAGGACCUCAGCGACCAGGUUCGCCAGAAUGCCUUGGAGUUGAUGGCUACCUUUGCCGAUUACGCCCCCUCGAUGUGCAAGAAGGAUCCCGAGUUUGCUCAGGAAAUGGUCACCCAAUGUUUGAGCUUGAUGACUGAUAUUGGAGUCGACGACGACGAUGCUUCGGAAUGGAAUGCGUCCGAGGACCUGGAUUUGGAGGAGAGCGACCUCAACCAUGUCGCUGGCGAACAAUGCAUGGACCGUUUGGCCAACAAGCUCGGUGGCCAGGUUAUCCUUCCGGCGACCUUUGCUUGGAUCCCCCGCAUGAUGUCGUCCUCUGCUUGGCGUGAUCGCCACGCGGCGCUGAUGGCCAUCUCCGCCAUUUCCGAGGGUUGCCGUGACCUGAUGGUCGGUGAACUCGAUCAAGUGCUGGCCCUGGUUGUCCCUGCUCUCCAAGACCCUCACCCGCGUGUGCGUUACGCCGGCUGCAACGCCCUCGGCCAGAUGAGCACCGACUUCGCCGGAACGAUGCAGGAGAAGUACCACAACGUCGUGUUGAACAACAUCAUCCCCGUUUUGGAUAGUGCUGAGCCACGCGUUCAGGCCCACGCGGCCGCUGCUCUGGUCAAUUUCUGCGAAGAAGCGGAGAAGAAGGUACUCGAGCCGUACCUUGCUGAUCUCCUGAGACACCUUCUGCAGCUUCUGCGCAGCGAGAAACGUUAUGUGCAGGAACAAGCACUGUCCACUAUUGCCACGAUUGCCGACUCGGCGGAGAACGCCUUUGAUCAAUUCUACGAGACUUUGAUGCCAUUGCUCUUUAACGUCCUGAAGGAAGAGCAAUCCAAGGAGUACCGUCUGCUGCGUGCCAAGGCUAUGGAGUGCGCAACUCUGAUUGCCCUGGCCGUGGGCAAGGAGAAGAUGGGACAGGAUGCGUUGAAUCUCGUGCAGCUGCUCGGCAACAUCCAACAAAACAUUGUCGAUGCGGACGACCCGCAGUCGCAAUACUUGCUCCACUGCUGGGGCCGUAUGUGCCGCGUUCUUGGUCAGGACUUUGUCCCUUACCUGCCAGCUGUCAUGCCUCCUCUUCUGACGGUUGCGGCUGCCAAGGCCGACAUUCAGCUGUUGGAUGAUGAGGACCAGAUUGACCAAGUUGAACAGGACGAGGGCUGGGAGUUGGUUCCCCUGAAGGGCAAGAUCAUUGGUAUCAAAACCAGCGCAUUGGAAGACAAGAACACCGCCAUCGAGCUGAUUACCAUCUACGCUCAGAUCCUGGAGGCUGCUUUUGAACCCUUCGUGCUGGAGACGAUGGAGAAGAUUGCCGUGCCUGGACUCGCCUUCUUCUUCCACGAUCCUGUGCGGGUUUCCUCCGCCAAGCUCAUCCCCCAGCUCUUGAACUCAUACAAGAAGGCGCACGGUGUGCAGUCUCCCGGAUUCGCUGCGAUGUGGAACAGGGUAGGUGAGAAGAUCAUUGAGGUUCUGAGCGCCGAGCCCACUGUGGACACCCUGGCGGAGAUGUACCAGUGCUUCUACGAAUCCGUCGAAGUGGUUGGCAAGAACUGCCUGAGCCAGCAGCACAUGGAAGCGUUCAUCGAAUCUGCCAAGUCCACGCUGGAGGAUUACCAGGUCCGUGUGAAGGCUCGUCUUGAGGAGCGCGCCGAUACGGAGGAGGGUGACGAAGAGGACCUCGACUACGAGUACGCAGUUGAGGAUGAUCAGAACCUGCUGAGCGACAUGAACAAGGCAUUCCACACCAUCUUCAAGAACCAGGGCACGACCUUCCUGCCUUCAUGGCAACGCUUGCUGCCAUUCUACGACGCGUUCAUCACCAGCCAGGACCCUACCCAAAGGCAAUGGGCUCUCUGCAUCAUGGAUGACGUGCUCGAAUUCUGCGGCGCCGAGUCGUGGAAUUACAAGGACCAUAUCAUGCAGCCCUUGGCCGCGGGUCUGCGCGACGAGAAUGCCGCCAACCGGCAGGCGGCGGCUUACGGAGUCGGCGUUGCCGCUCAGAAGGGUGGCCCUGCCUGGAGCGACUUCGUCGCAGCCAGCAUCCCCAGCUUGUUCCAGGUGACGCAAAUCAACCAGGCUCGUACCGAGGAGCAUGUGUUUGCGACCGAGAACGCCUCGGCCAGUAUCGCCAAGAUCCUGCACUAUAACCCCAGCAAGGUGCAGAAUGCGCAGGAGAUCGUGGCGAACUGGAUCAACACACUUCCUAUCACUUAUGAUGAGGAGGCUGCGCCAUACGCUUAUUCCUUCCUUGCCCAAUUGAUUGACCAACAAAACCCGGUGGUGAUUUCGAAUGCCGACAAGGUGUUUGGAUACAUCGUGCAGGCUCUGGAAGCCGAGACGCUACAGGGCCAGACGGCAGGACGCGUGGCCAACUCGGCGAAGCAACUGGUGGCCGCUACAGGGCUGAAUGCAGAACAGAUCCUGGCAGGAGUGAGCCCUGACAACCAGGCAGCGGUGCGAAGCUACUUCCAGUGA